UGGAUCCGAUGUAAACAUUUUUGCAAUCGAAAGUCGAAGCAAGAUGCAGAACACAAACAUUAGUUGUUUCCUGUUUUAACGACUGAUAUUUUAAUGAAACUGUAUGACACUUUUAGCCUUGUUUAAAUUCUGAAAAUGAGUCUGAGGCCAGGUCUUGAGGGCGAGCAGCUUUUUAGGAGUUUACGUCAGUUGGUGUUGAGUUUUGAGCCGCACAUUAGAGAUGCGGAAUCUCUGAGUCAGACAGAGGAGGCUCUUCAACACCUGGAGGAAAACGAUGAAAACUUUCACAAGUAUGAAUUUGUCAAGGAACUUAAGCAUCGGAUUGACGAGCUGCUUGGACCGCUCAUUGAUGAUGAGAUUGAAAGACAUUCCACAACGAGCCACGUAGCAACGGGAAGUUCCGAUACUCUGGUUGGCCGUAUCACAGAUCAGAUCAUACACUCCAAACAAUAUUCAGAAUUUAGAGGCAAGCUGUCGAAAAACAUCCAAGAGGCGAUGGAGAGACUGAUGGAGAACUUCGAACGAGAGUUAUCUGCAGGUCGCCAAGGUGACAUAGGAUUGCAUUCGCGGAAUAAGACGAUGGUAGUAGAGGACGAGGAGGAGGGUAGUGUGAUGUUGUUUGAUCCAGAGCAUAUGAAACAGAUUGCUGAUAACCUAAGCAAAACCAAGAGUUUAUCUUUCCGCCGUCAAGCUCUACAAAACCUGAACCAGAUUAUGUCCGCAGACUUCGUGAACAGCAAUCAUUGGUCGAUACUCCGUGAAAAUCUGCACAGUGUCAUGUGCGAUCCAGAUGAGCACCUUUCUAAUCUGAGUAUGAAGUUCAUAGCCAAGGCUUUCACGAGUACAUCAAACCAAACACGUGAAAUAUUCACCCUGCUAUCUGACUUCCUGGCCGACAAGUUCCAAGAUUCGAGCAGUCACAUUCCACACUUGAAACAAGGUCUUGAAACGACCACACCUGAAAACACCAAACUGUUGAAAGCCUUUCGGCUAAUGAACGAGUUUCAGCAGGAGACGCAAAACUACUGGAUCCGCUAUCCUGACAGGUAUAAGCUGGAAAUACUGGACAGUACCCUCAGUCUGCUGUCGAUCCACCACUCUCCAGGUCUCGGUCCGUCCCCACGCUUAACUCCCCUUCACUUUGUGGCUCUUGUUGACCCGAAAGCCAACUGGUUCAUCAGGUGGAUGCAUGCAAAUUACAGUCGAAAGGCAUUGUUACAAGCCUUGGAGAAAUAUAAAUCUAUUGUAGAGAAUGCUGUUAAGCACUGUCUUGACUUCUCAAUUGCCAGAAAGAAUUGUUUUGACAUGGUCAGUGAUGUAUCCGAUUCAUUCUCCAAAUUUUCAUUAGCGAGUGGAGACAGCAAGCGAACAUUUUACACUGGCUCAGAACUGGACUAUCUCUAUUUCGUUCACUCCGUCUGCUUUCUUGGAAGAAUGCUGUGCUUUGUCAAUGGAAGGAAUUUCUUCCCCGUUAAAAUCAAAGACAGUAAAGAGACGAUUAGUGUGGGCCGACUCCUGAAGGCUCUCGUGCUGUUUAUUGUGGACCCCAGCAGUACUCCGCAACACAUUAAACCUUCAUCAAACAUGUUUGACCCAGCCACCCUAGUGACGGAUGUUCUGAAGGGACUCUGCCACUCGGAGCAGGUGUGUGAGAUCAGCCUGUGCAAUGACGAGUUCACAAAUACUCUCCUUACACCAGUGGCUCAGUUCUACGAUUACGACGAAAUGGAGAUGAGCCUGCCCAGUGAAGACACAUUAUUACAUGUGGCCGACAUUCUCAGUCUACUGGCUUCGUCCACCAUAGGGCGCCGCCACCUCCUGUAUGGCGAGAGACACGACAUGUUCACCAGGACAAAGUACUCUGCUGCCCACAUAAUAGCCAUGUUCACCAAGAAGUCCCUGAUAUCAAGCUCCUCAGCCUCCAAGUGUUCCCAGCCCUCACUGACCGUGAUCGGUGCCUACCUCUACAUCUGUCGCCAGCUCUACAACACGUGCGAGGGCCUGCUGGUGCUCUACCCAUAUGACCUGCACGUGCACAUUGCCAAGGCCGGGAAGGAAGCGGCCCAGGCAUCUGAGCGUGCUCCAACCCCCACACCUUCUGAUACGGGCAGUGAGUCCAAGCCACCCAGUGUUCACAUCUGGGAAGACAAUCUUCGUGAUAAUCUCCUCAACUUCGCUGGAACGCCAAAAGGAAUUCUUCUGCUGCAGCUAACCGGAGAGAUCAAUGAAUGUGUCGUCUACAUGUAUACACGCUAUGAGAAGAAACUCCAGGUGAGCAAGUGUGAGAAGUUUGGCUAUGGCGUCAUGGUGACCCAGGUGGCAGCCACAGCUCCAGGGAUGGUUGCACUUCAGAACACAGGGUAUAUCAAAGCCCUGCUGAUGGAGCUGUGGACUUCGUUGGAGUGUGGUCCAUCAGAUGACCUCAUCUUCACACCGAGGUCUUGGCCGGUUGACACCAUCGAGAGAACCUCACACAAGCAUCUGAUUCGUCUGUUGAACAUCCUGUCAGCGUUCCCGGCUGUGUACGAGGUCCUCGCGGACAAACCGCUGCCAGUGAAGGAGAGUUAUGGCUUUCGACACGUUCCAGACACCAUCGAUGGUUUACUGGACCGACUUACAAUAGUAGACACCCCAGAAAAGAUCCACUCUCUCUUCAGCUAUGAGCAGUCACAUGUGUUUGGGCUCAGGGUGUUGAGUGUGAUGAUCUCUUGUCUGGACACGUUCCUGCUGAUGCAGUCUCAGUACAAGUUCCAAGAAGUGCUGCUCAGAGCUCAGGCUGCCAACAAGUUCGACAGUGACAAGAUCAUAGUGGACAUGUUGUCCGUGGAGAGGAACUACAUCCUGGUGAAGACGUAUCUUGUCGGGGGGCCGUUUGAGCGAGUCGUGCCUCCAAAAUCUCUACCGGAGGGCAAAGUUUGUUCUUUUCCGUUUCCGUUGUUUGAGUCAUACCCAUUACCAAGAGAAUACUCCCCAAACCUGGCUGGCAGAUCGACAAUCAAGCAAGAGUUCGGCCUCACUGACGGCACCAGUGAUGGUGACGAGAAGAAUUCUAGAGACACGUUUGAUUGGUUGGCUCUGCGGUUACUUGAUAACGAACUGAGCAAAUUCCUGUCUCAGAAGGUUGAAAAGAAAGCAUCAUGGAUAGAGAAAGCAAGGGGACUGUACUCUAAAUUUCUCACAACUAAUCCCGACCAGGCGAAAGGCACCUUACUUCAACAGCUGUUGGAACAGAGUGUCCAGGCCUUGAGUCAGAUGCCAGAAGAUGCGAUAUUUCCACUGCUCGAGUUCUCAGAAAAUGAAUCUUCCGUGAAGAAGUUUGUGUUAUCUCCCCUGCAGCAGCUUGGUAUUAAAGUAGCAGUCAGGUACGGGAUUCACCUAAAGGUGAUCAACACGUCGGCCGAGGCUACAGACAGUCUGAGUCAGCUGUUAAAACAGACGGGAUGUUUCCUUAAACAGCAGCACAAGGCGGGCAGAGCCAAGACCACUCUUCGCUACACAUCUGGCAGCUAUCCAGGGUUCGAUUGGUUCGUUGCGACCAUCUUCCUCCUGUUUAAUGGAAACCUCAAUCGAACGUGGAAGUUCCUGUUAAAGUUUUCAUCCCUCGGUACAUCUGGCUACUUGUGGAUGGCCAGACUGCAUGCAUCAGUACAUCUGCCAUCUGCCAUGAUGAACAGCGGGAUACCUCCAGUUUUCUCGAGCACCGCUCACUACAUCGAGUUCAUCCUGCAGACGGAGCUCCCUCUUGUGGCAUCUGCUUUCAAAAUGUCCGGAUACACCCCAGCUCAGAUCUGUGUGCACUGGUUGAAGCAGUGUUUCUGGAACUACCUCGACUGGAUGGACAUCAGCCACUACAUCUGCACGUGCGUGAUCCUCGGCGUCGAUUACCAGGUGUACACGUGUGUCGCCAUCUUCAGCCACCUCCAGCAGGACAUCCUCCGCCACAUGCAGACUCAGGACCUCCUCAUAUUCCUCAAGGAAGAAACCAUUUCAAAGUUUCACAUUGCUGACAAUCUUGAGUUUAUGAAAAGACUUGAAAGCAAAUACAGAACAAUUGUAUUGCCAGAUAUGCUGAAUAUUACUAAGCCGUAGAUCAGCAGUUGUAACAUAACAGAAUGUCCCAUCAGUUGUGUGAUAUCACUAUAGAUUCUAUUAAUUAUGUGAUGCAUCAGAAUUGGGAACUAUUACUAAGCUAUAUUUCAGUAGUACGUAAAUGUCCCAUGAAUUGUGUGAUAGGACUACAGGCUCCUGUCUGUGAUAUAUCAGAAUCGGGAAUUAUUACUAAGCAAUUGUUCCUACUGUCUUUGGUGUAUCAGAAUCGGGAACGAAUUACAUGUAUUACUAAGCCAUAGUUCAUUAGUACAUAAAAUGUCCCAUGAAUUGUGUGAUAUGACUACAGGCUCCUACUGGCUGUGAUGUAUCAGAAUCGGGAACUAUUACUAAGCCAUUGUUCCUACUGGCUGUGAUGUAUCAGAAUUGGAAACUAACUCUUACUAAGCCAUUGUUCCUACUGUCUGUGAUGCAACAGAAUCGGGAACUAAACGUUACUAAGCUAUUGUUCCUACUGUCUGUGAUGUAUCAGAAUCGGGAACUAAACAUUACUAAGCCACUGUUCCUACUGUUUGUGAUGUAACAGAAUCGGGAACUAAAUGUUACUAAGCCACUGUUCCUACUGUCUGUGAUGUAUCAGAAUUGGGAACUAAAUGUUACUAAGCCAUUGUUCAGCAGUUCCUAACAUCACCAAAUACCCCAUGCAUUUUGAUAUGACUAUAGGAGCAAUACUUUCUGUGAUGUAAAAGGAUUGGGAGCCAUUUCUGCAUGCCCUACUCUUAAUAGUGAUGGCCUGAAUUAGGAUUGGUUGAUGAUUCAACAUAAAACAAAUGCAACAGAGCCUUUUGUUGGAUAUUCUUCGUGUGAAUGGAUGUUUCCUGUUCAUCUGUAAUGUGAAAUCUGAUUGGCUAAUUGUGUACCAAACCUACAACAGAACACAUGGACAUUUUGAUUGGUUACUCUUUGUACAAAAAUAUAUUUUUUAUUGUAUGGUAAUCUUAAAUGUGAUUAGUCAAACUGUUCAAAACUAAAACAAAACACAUUAAAAAAAAUUAUUGGAUAUUCGUUGUGCAAAAAAUAAGCCAAUCUACAAACACAUCAAAAGUUUUGAUUGAAUAAACAAUACUACGAAGUUGCUUAAAGACCUGCAUUUAGUAACAAAGAACCGUUAUGUAUAUACCAUACCCUUUGAUUAAUCCUUUUUUAUUUUUAAAACCAUUUAAAUAACUAUAUUUUUGGUUCCAAAAUCAAAAUCAGUAGGAUUAUGCAACUUUAUUCAUGCCAUUUUACAUACUAAAAGGCAAAAGUUGUGACAUGGAUUGUUUGGAGUAAUAAAUUUGUGAAUGGAUUUAUGGAUGUAAACCAGAGAAAAUGUGCAUGAAACAGCUCUAAGAAAUGCAACCAAGCAGUUGUU